AUGCCGCGGCCCCCACGAGUCACCCGUCACCACCGUGAACACCGCAUCGAUGAGGACCUGGACGAGCUUCACGCCUUGGAACGCGCAUCACCUCAAGACAGGCCGGCAAUUUACAAAGCGCGACGUCGGGUUGGACGUAUCCGCUCGGUCAUCAGCCAGCAGCUUCUACGCCAUCAGUUUGACACGGCCGAGAAGGAGUGUGUUGACGAUAUACUGGCCAUGGCCUGUACGGAGCGAGCGGCACGAGCAGGAAGUGUAACACCAGAGACGGGGCCAACUACUCCUGACGAGGAGCAGGUGGAUGAUGGCGUCUGCCCCAUCUCAAGUGACGAUCUCUGGCGGUUCUUCGACGGCGUUAAUACGCCACGACACGUAUUCGACGCGGAGGCUCCAGAUGGUGCUGUCUUCCGCGCUGCAAUGGAUCGCUUGCCCGCUGCUACACGUUUGACGGAGCUACUGAGUGAGCCACCGACAUUCGACGAUAUUGAAGUCAAGCUGCAGGAUGUGCGUGGCGCCUCCGCUACUGGCCUUCAUGGGGUCGGGUACGACGUGUACCAGCGAUUUUCCGCCCAGCUGUUGCCGGUGCUUCAGGCAGUUUUUUGUGCUGCUGGGCGCAUCAGAAGGUCCCUCAGAGUUGGAAACUUGGCGUGGUACGUCUACUUUACAAGAAAAGUGCGCGUGAUGACCCGGCGAACUGGAGGCCCUUCUGCCUCCAGCAAGCCAUUUACAAGCUAUACACCGGAAUUCUUUCGCGGCGGUUGGUGCGGCGGCUGGAAGCGAACGAUCGUCACGCGCCAGGGCGGAAGGUAUUUUGGGCGGUGA